AUGCAUGGAGAGGUGCAUAAUGGGGAUUCCCUUUCAGGCGACCUGAUCACCCACAAGAGCCCGUUCGAGUACAAACUGGCUGUGUCUUUCAUGCUCGCCCAUCCGUAUGGCUUCACUCGGGUCAUGAGCAGUUAUUUCUUCCAGGAAUCGAGCGAUAGCCCCCCGUACGACGAUGACUACAACACCUUGGACGUGAUUAUCAACCCGGAUGGAACCUGUGGGAACGGGUGGGUGUGCGAGCACCGAUGGGGACCCAUAGCCCAUAUGGUGGAGUUCAGGAAUGCGGUGGCGGGGACGGAGAUGGGGAAUUUCUCCUUGGAAGGGGAUCAGGUGGCUUUCUCUCGGGGCGACAAGGGAUUCUUCGCGAUGGCCAAGUCGGGCUUCAUGGAUGGGAACUUCCAGACCGGGAUGCCGGGGGGAUCGUACUGCAACAUCAUCGACGGGUGCGCGACGCAGGUGACGGUGAACGGGGACGGGACGGCCCAGAUCCGGAUUACCGACUCCAUGGAACCGAUCUUGGCCAUCUGCGUCGGGUGCACGGGAGGCAGGACCACCCCCGAACCCUCUACCACGACGAUGUCGACGCAGCCGACCACCCCCGAACCCACCGAGCCGUCAGUCCCGAACUACAUCCAUCGAACAAUCAUCUUCAUUGAAAAAGAAACCGCACCAGGACAGGACAUGUUCGCCACGGGCGGAAUCGGACACGAGCGACGCCCCGGGUGCACGGAGGACGCGGAGACGAGCGAAUGUGCCAUCAGCAUCACGACCAAUUCCCUCGGAGAAACGGUUCACUACGAGAAAUACAAUACCUGGAGGGUAGGAGACACGAAGUUGGACUGGUACGGGGAGCAAUCUGGUCAGGGGACGUUUAAUGGGCUGUCGGCGGAAGGGACUCCUCUCGCCUGGACUUCAAAUCUGCAAGACGAUCCUGGAUAUCAGCCCUUGAACACUUACGGGGAGCACUAUUGGAUGGUGGACAUGGACAUGGAUUGCUCGGAGACGGAACAAGGAUGGUUCGAGGUGAAGGGAUUCGUGACGGGGGGAGUCGGCGAGGAGACGGACGUGAGUCAGGCCGCGAAUUGCAUCGGGACUGCCGGCGGGGAUGCUCCUUAUACUUCUGCUCAUCAUAUGGGGAAAUGUGGGUACCUCAAUGUCUUCAAGUUCUCCGAUCCAAGCUGCAUCAUCGAGAACUUAAGCGAAUAAGAAACGAAAUCUAAAGCAGCAGCACUUGCUAAUAAAUCAAUUUCUGUGACCUGA